AUGGCAUGCAGUAAAAGAACUGGCCUUAUCACUGGUGCUGUAUUAGGAGCUUUAUUAGCUCUCCUAGGAGGAAUUUUAAUACCAGUUGGAAACAACAUUAUAAGUACAUCAAUUGUUAAGGAAAGUGUUCUUGAAAAUCAAACCACUGCUUAUGAAAACUGGAUCAAAGUUGGUGGAACCGUAUACAUGCAGAUUUGGCUAUUUAAUGUGCAGAAUCCUUUGGAAGUUAUUCUCUAUGGUACAUCACCAACGGUUGCACAAAAUGGACCUUAUACUUAUAAGGUUCGUUAUCUUCCAAAGGAGAACAUUACAGCAAAUCCAAACAACACAAUCUCUUUCUUAGUACCCAGGGAAGCAAUCUUUGUACCUGAAAUGUCCAUUGGAAAUGAAGAGGACAAAAUUACAACUCUCAACCUGGUUGUUGCUGGAGCUCCAGCAUUGGCACCAAAUGGCCUUCUUUCAAUGUUAAACAAUAUAAUUAAAAAGCAGAAUAGUACAUUAUUUCAACAAAGGACCGUGAAAGAAAUUGUGUGGGGUUAUAGUGACCCUGUAUUGAAAGCUUUACCAGGCCUGAUAAAAGAUGAUAUGACAGGAGUUAUGUACCCAUACAAUGGAACGGAUGAUGGGCUAUAUGAUGUAUUUACUGGCAAAGAUGACAUUGGAAAACGAGGAAUUAUUGAUAAAUGGAAAGGUCAAAGAAGCGUCUCAUACUGGAAUGACACGUAUUGCAACAUGAUCAAUGGCACAGAUGGCUCGUCAUUCCCUCCUUUCAUGGAUAAGAAGAAAUUAUUAUACUUCUUCCCUUCAGAUAUCUGCAGGUCCAUAUAUGCUCAAUUUGAAAAGGAAUUCAAGUUGAAAGGAAUUCCUGUCUAUCGCUUCAAAAUUCCACCAGAAACCUUUGCCUCUCCUAAUGCAAAUCCUGAUAACAAAUGUUACUGUAAUGAGAAAAAAGAUGACUGUGCCUUGGCAGGAAUUCUUGAUAUCAGCAGUUGCAAAGAAGGAUUGCCAGUCUAUAUAUCUCUACCUCACUUCUUGUACGGCAAUAAGAGUUUAUUAAACGAAGUUAAAGGGCUAAAUCCAAAUGAAGUCGAGCACAGUAUUUACCUUGAUGUAGAACCUAUGACUGGAUUUUCAUUAUCAUUUGCUAAACGACUACAAAUAAACUUUAAGAUUUCACCAGAAAAAAAAAUUGAUGCUCUGUCAAAAAUAAAAAAGCCUAUAAUUUUUCCAUUACUGUGGCUAAAUGAGACUGCAUCGCUUGAUGAUGCCACAGCAGAAGAACUAAAGGCAUCAUUGAAUUCCAAAGUACAGCUUCUAGGAAUUGUUGAACUUUCAUUCAUUUGCAUAGGAGUGGGGAUUUUCUUUGGAUGUAUAGUUGCACUUUUGGUCAUGGAUAGAAAACAAAAGAAGAAAAAAGAUAAGCAUGCUGAAGACAUUAAUGUGGAUAGGUUCAAAUAAAAUACAUUCUAAUUGGAAUAUAGCAAUCUUUGGGCUAAAUGAUUAAUCUGUUCGAGUUGCCUAUGUAAAUAGAGUACUAAUUAAAUAAAACUCACUUUAGAUCAAAAUGUUCAUGAGUUGUUUGAUAAAAAAUGCAACUGAAUGUUCACUCUGUAAACAUUGAAAGCUGUUUUUUCUGUAUUUGAAAUUCUUUUUGCAGACCACACUUUCCUUUAACACCUAUUUCUUUAACUCUGUUAAAUUUAUCAAAGCAUCUUUACCAUGAAAUAUUAUGAAAUAAAAAAGAAAUUUGAUCCUGACCUCUGUUUAUAAACAGUGGGACUGGUUUAUUGAUUUUAGCUGUGAAAUGGAGCGUUGGAGAGCAGAUGUAUUCUUUCAGGUUUUCUAACAGCUUGAUAUGGUUUAUAAUGUAGUUUUGUGCCAAAUUACAGUGAUAGAGUGAUAGCCAUGCUGAUCUCCAACAAUAAAUAUUUGCAGUGGCGUGCAAGGAUUUGAGAAAGGGCAAGACAAAAACAACACUUUAAUAACUGACACGGCACCUUCACUCAGCCCAGAAAAGUCAGAAAUGCACUCUUUCAGGAGACCAUAGAGUAUGUGGCAAAGUAUUUAACAACCCAAAAUAAUGUUUUUUUCUGGAAGAUAGUUUCUUGUUUUUCUGUCUUGUAUCAUUUUGUAGCUUUCUAAAAUAUAAAAUAACUAAAAUUAUUAGUGUACUACCUAUCCGUAAAUCUUUUUAAAAACAUCUGGCUUCAGGAUGAUGAAACCUGAGCUCUCCUCUAUGCAUAAAAUUCAUUUUUUUCAACCCUAAUCACCUUAUUGCCGUUUAUUUGUCACAAAGGGCGCAUGUAUGGUAAUAGCAUAAAACAAUAAAUCCAUCAACAUAUCGCUAUCAUCACUGUCUCCUGUGUGCUCUUCUAGUGUAACAAAUGUAGUGGUAUACUAUGACCUGAUAAUUCCAACACUGCACAAACUGGUCCAAAUCUGACACCUGUUUGUUUUUUCUUCCACUAUGUAGCCUAUAUAAGCAUGUAUCAGUUAUUAAUUUUGUAUAAAACACUUACUUUGUAUUCAUAAUAAUAAACACAUUUUAUUUAUAUAGCACCUUUAUCCAACUUAAAAUUAAAGAUCUGUUAAUAAAAUAUGUAUGGCAAGGAUUUGAUGUCCACUAUGUAUUGGAUUAUUGUUCUUAUUUAUGUGUA